UGCCAUGGGUCACCUUGCAUUUUAAAGUGGGUUAUCAGAUAGAUAUCUGUCCGUUGCCCGUGAGCUGUGGGACAGGGCAGCCCCCAGCCCUACAGGGGCUCAUGGCCCCCCUUCUCCCUUUUCUUCCCACAGGUGGUCCCGUGCCAGGCUUCAAUGCCGUCAUAGCCAGCGACAUCCCCCUGGGUGGGGGCCUCUCCAGCUCGGCUGCUCUGGAGGUGGCUACUUACACCUUCCUCCAGCAGCUCUGCCCUGAUGACGGUGAUUUGGUAGCCAAGGCACUGGCAUGCCAGAAAGCAGAGCACACGUUUGCCAGCAUGCCCUGCGGGAUCAUGGACCAGUUCAUAUCCGUGAUGGGCAAGGAAGGCCACGCGCUGCUCAUUGACUGCAGGUCCCUGGACACCGUCCUCGUCCCGCUGACUGAUGCCAGCCUGGCCGUCCUCAUCACCAACUCCAACGUGCGGCACACGCUGACGGGCAGCGAGUACCCCACGCGCCGGCGGCAGUGUGAGGAGGCGGCGGCAACACUUGGCAAGGGCAGCCUGCGAGAUGUCACCAUGGCUGAGCUGGAAGCGGCCAGGAGCCGGCUGGGCGAGGAGGUGUACCGGCGGGCCCGGCAUGUCGUUGGCGAGAUAGCACGGACGGCCCAGGCAGCAAAAGCCCUACAGGACAGGGACUACCGGACGUUCGGGAGGCUGAUGGUGGAGAGUCACAACUCUCUCAGGGAUGACUACGAAGUGAGCUGCCCAGAGCUGGAUGAGCUGGUAGCGGCAGCCCUGGAGGUCAAUGGGGUUUAUGGCAGCAGGAUGACGGGGGGAGGCUUUGGAGGCUGCACAGUGACAUUGCUGGAGGCCGGGGCUGCAGAGAGAGCCCAGCAUCAUAUCCAGGAGAAAUACAGUGGCACAGCCACCUUCUACCUCACCAAACCUGCCAGUGGAGCAAAGGUGCUGCCCCUGUAGAGGAGCGACUGCCUUGCCUGGGCUGGGAUCACCCUCGCCAUCCCCUUCACAAGGGAGUCAAUCUGUCUGCCUGCAGCAUUUGCCUAAUAAAUGCAAAACAUUU